GCAGGUUAGGGUGUCUACAAACAUUCAGAGAGUCGAAGGAUCGUUGCUGUCAGUCGGUUUCUUUUUCUUUCUCUAUGGCGGCUCCUGAAUCUGACUCCGAAUGUCUUUUCUCUCUGGAACCUUACCAUGUCUCGGAGGAGCUUGGCUUCAUCCUCCCUGACCCUCUGGAAGAGCUUCCACCCUACUACCAGCCAUGGAUGGAUAUUGCCCUGCAAGUCCCGGAGCUGGUGCACUCUCACAAGUUGCGGCUGCAUAUAAACCAAAUGCCGCUGCUGAGCAGCCAGUCUCUGCAGAAACACUCAGAGUUACGUCUGGCACACCUGGCCCUCAGCGCGAUGACCAUGGGCUACGUCUGGCAGGAGGGAGAGAACGACACAGUGGAGGUGCUGCCACAUAACCUGGCGGUCCCGUACUGGGAGGUGUCACAGCGUUUAGGACUCCCCCCAAUUCUGACCCAUGCAGAUGCAGUCCUGGCUAACUGGAAGAAGAACGAUCCAGACGGGCCCUUUGACAUGGAGAACCUGGAGCUGCUGGUCAGCCUCCCGGGUGGAGACAAUGUGAGAGGUUUCUUCAUGGUUACUCUGCUGGUGGAGCUGGCUGCUGUUCCUGCCCUGAGGAACAUUCCCACUGUGAUCAAUGGCGUCAGGUGUGGAGACACAGAGGCUGUGGCAAGAGCCCUGGAGGAGAUCAGCGAAUCCAUGCAGGACAUGACAGAUGCACUCAAACUGAUGCAUGACUACGUGGAUCCAUCUGUCUUCUAUGGCAUCAUGAGGAUCUACCUGUCUGGGUGGAAAGACAACCCCUCUAUGCCAAAGGGGAUUGUUUAUGAAGGGGUGCAGGAAGAGCCGAUGGAGUAUUCAGGUGGGAGCGCUGCACAGAGUAGUCUGCUGCACUGCUUUGAUGAACUUCUGGGAGUCAAACAUGAAGAAAAAAGUGGUGCAUUUCUAACCCGCAUGAGGAACUACAUGCCGCCUGGCCACAAGCAGCUAAUCCAUGACAUAUCACUGCAACUCUCCCUUAAGGCCUUCGUCCAGCAUCAGGCCAGCCAGAGGCUAAACGAGGCCUUUCAGCACUGUGUCCAAAAACUCUUGGCUUUGCGAAGCUACCACAUCAGUGUCGUCAGUCGCUACAUCACCGUACCAGCUGCACGUGCCCGACAACUAAGAAACCAGAGCCAGGAGUCAGAGCAGGACAUGAUCAGCAGAGCACCCACAGCACUAGAGGAGAGGGGCACCGGGGGCUCUGGCAUCAUGUCCUUCCUAAAGACUGUGAGGAACCAAACAAAAGACACUUUGCUCCCCGAGACGGAUAAACAGUCAAAUAGGUAAUGCUGUCAAUACUGAGACAAGUGUGUAAACUACUUUAUAUAAAACAGGCUGCAAAUGAUGAUUAUUCCAUGCAAUAUUUAAUUAUAAAGGAUACGUUUUGCAGAAUGAGGAUAAGAGGCCUCCAUCGCUUGUUUUACAUGUAUCUGUGUUGUGUCUGUACAUAAGACUCAGCUUAAUAGACAUGAGUGAUACCCAUCAUUCAGUCCAAACCAUAAUGAAACCCUAUUGCCGUAACUUUCCAUUACAUUCAACCAAUAAUUGGUUCUUUAGUCUGAAGAGGAAAGCAAAAAUUGCAUCAGACAUCUACUCCAGACUCACGUAUCUAGAGGACAUUUGGACAACUGAAUUCAUUGCUUAACCCCUUAACCCCCACUUACUUUUAGGGAAAUUGAUUCUGUUUCUUAAAGUUUUGAAAUGUGGCAGCAUUGUCUUUUCUGUUUAAUAACACCUCUAAGGUUACCCGUACUGCUUUAAACGUGGGUAAAAUGUGUAAUGGUAAUUGAAAAAGCUCACAAUAAUUGCCUCUCAAAACAUUUACACUGCAAUACCCUGGGAAACCAUGGCAGGGCGCUGAAGGGUAGCAUUAUAAUUCCCACCAAAACCCAGCUUACACAGGGUUUGUCUGUAAAAAGCUGAAACUGUGAGAAAUUGGUCCCGAAAUACAUGCAAGCCUUUGAUUUACGACAAAGCAAAUCUGAUGAAAUUAUGCAUUUUUUCAUUAAUAACAGUAAUUUAAAGAGGUGUGACAUCCACACCAGCCUCUAACAUAUAUCUACAACCUGACCUUUGCCUCGCACAAGAAAAUCAGUUGAUCUUUCCUCACAAUGGGGUUGUCAUGUGAAAGUACAAUGCACAAUGCAGAGCAGAGAUGCAUCACUUAUCAGAGUGGUUACCUCAGCACUCCUCCUGCCCACAUCUAGCCCUCACAUGCCCCGCUAUACUUCCUGGACAAAGUGUGGAAAUCCCAGAGCAAUGAAGGGAUGGAUUGUGCCUUGAAUGGCUCACGCUGUGUAAUCUUCACCUUUCCCUGGCUCAUCUCCACCGGUGUUUCAUUUCAAAAACAGCCU